GGAGCGAGGCCCGGUCCCUGCAGCGGGCGAAAGGAGCCCGGGCCUGGAGGUCUGUGUACCGGUCGCCUGGUCCCGGCACCAGCGCCGCCCAGUGAGUGAACACCGGCCGCAGGCGGGUGGGGAGAAGGGUCAGCCCGGCCAUGUCAGUCAGCGCGAUCUCCUGGGCUCCGGGCUUGCCAGGCAGCGCUGGGCGCCCGCUCCUCGUGAGCGCCUGCUCUUGGCUCUCGCACUGCCCCUGGUGCUGAUAGGUGUGGUUUCCCAUAAGGAAGCUCUUCUUCCUGCUUGGCUUCCACCUUUAACCCUUCCACCUGGGAGCGUCCUCUAACACAUUCAGACUACAAGUCCAGACCCAGGAGAGCAAGGCCCAGAAAGAGGUCAAAAUGGGGUUUAUAUUUUCGAAAUCUAUGAAUGAAAGCAUGAAAAAUCAAAAGGAGUUCAUGCUUAUGAAUGCUCGACUUCAGCUGGAAAGGCAGCUCAUCAUGCAGAGUGAAAUGAGGGAAAGACAAAUGGCCAUGCAGAUUGCGUGGUCUCGGGAAUUCCUCAAAUAUUUUGGAACUUUUUUUGGCCUUGCAGCCAUCUCUUUAACAGCUGGCGCGAUUAAAAAAAAGAAGCCAGCCUUCCUGGUCCCGAUUGUUCCAUUAAGCUUUAUCCUCACCUACCAGUAUGACUUGGGCUAUGGAACCCUUUUAGAAAGAAUGAAAGGUGAAGCUGAGGACAUACUGGAAACAGAAAAGAGUAAAUUGCAGCUGCCAAGAGGAAUGAUCACUUUUGAAAGCAUUGAAAAAGCCAGAAAGGAACAGAGUAGAUUCUUCAUAGACAAAUGAAAUCAUGCUUACCAAUCAAAUCUCAAAGCACAGAAUUAGUGACUUGAAUCAUGGUUUUUACAGUUUUUUAAAUGCUCAAGAUUUUGAUAUUAUAGAUUUUAUUUUAAAAUAUUAAAAUGCAAGAUAGUUUUGAGCUAUUUUAAAAUAAAAUUUAUAACAUUCAACACAAAAUCAUGGAGGUGCUCUAAAUAACUUUUAGAUUUCCUCUCUCUGUGUGCAUUACCAAUAUCUAAGUGUAAAAUUAAUAAAUUGUUUUGAAUUCCUGGAA